UUUUGGAUGUUGCCAAUCUGCACUCCAUCAGCCAUAUUGAAUUUUGUUGUGCUUCGAAAACAUUGUGAGCACGUGGAUUGUUGGAUAAAAUUUAGUGAAAUUUGGUAGUAAUAUCAGUUAACUUAUCUUUUCGGUUUGUUUUUAUUUUACAAUUUAAUAGUGGGAGCAUUCUUUCUUGGAUAUUAAAAUUCUUUAUAAAAGUGGCUUAUCACAAUGGCACCUUGUCGUCAGUUGCUUAUGUGGUCAGUCCCCUCCAUAGCAGUUUUAUUGGGAAUUUUUUGGUUCAGAAAAAAGAGGGAAUACGCAAAAUCUGACCCGGGUGGAAGAGAAAGAAUCAAAAGCUUAAAAGAAGAGCUUGCAGAAGCAUUGAAUGCUCAAGCUGAAGCUAAACGGACAUCUCCAUUGGGCAAAGCUGAGCGUUCCAUUAUUAAAUCGGCACCUAUUGACAUUAUUCCUAAUGGAAGUAAUUCCCAGCGAUCUUCUCCUUUAGAGUUGACAGAUGAAGAAGUUGAUAUAGAGAUAGAAAAGAUAAUUAGGAAAAAAUCUAUUGAAAAAGAAAAACUAAUGUCAGCUGGUUUUGACAAGUUUAAUUCUAUGAGCUUAAGCUCCAAAGAACUUUCAUUUAAAGAGAAAUCACAAAAUAUGUGUUCUACUCUCCCAACUGUAGUCACUUGCAGUAAUAAUAAUAAUGAUCGUUCCCCAGUGAUAAUUAAAGCAGGCAAAACAAAUGUUGUUAAUUCACAGGAUUUGCCAGGGAAAUCUCAAUCAUUUUUGCUGCAAGAAAGUACAAAACUUGAGACAAUUGUAUCUGAAGCAGAUACAACUGAAGAGAGCACUAUGGGUGAUACAGAAGAUUCUAAUAUUAAUAAUAAUAUUAAUGUAGUUGAUGAACCUAGUGAUAGUAAUGACAGUGAUAACAGGUUUUCCACAGCACAAAGUAGACGCAUCUCAGAAAGAGACUCUGCUAAUCAUAGUCCCGUGGACCCUAUGUUAGCUAGUCCAUCAAUGUGCCACUUCUCUGACAACCACAGUGAGGGUUCUAGUGACAGUGGUAAGGGUUGUUCAGAAGCAGCCAGUCCUCCCCCUGCAACUUUAAAUAUGGUUCCUUCUGAAACUGCACUAAGAAUACAUCAAUUUGUUAUAUCACAAAGUCUUGUUGGGCUCUUAAUAGGAAAACAUGGCUGUUUUGUAACUCAAAUAAAAGCCAAAACAGGUGCAAGUGUGUAUGUGAGGAGGCAUCCUGAUUCUGUAAAGCAAAAGAUUUGUGCAGUUGAAGGAACCCAGAGUGAAAUUGAAGCAGCUUUAGAAAUGAUUAAGGAAAAGUUUCCAGAAAAGAAGUUCCCCAACUUUUCUUUGCAAGAGAUCAGUGCAGAACUAUAUCAAAGAUUGGUGCCUUUAGUACCAGAGUUUUUACAACUUGUGGAGUCUGUGAACAAUGAUACAAUAAUGACGUGUCUGGUGAGUGCAGGGCAUUUCUUCCUACAACAACCCCUUCACCCUACCUUCCCCUCUCUACAUGCCCUACACCGUCUUAUGGCAGCUACUUAUCAGAACCCAGAUGUGCCUUCUCUGCCACAUCCCGUCAAAGAGGGUUCUAUAUGUGCUGCACCAACUGAAAAUAACUGGUAUCGUGCACAAGUGAUAUCUACAUCAGAGGAAAAUGAUACAUCGGUUGUUAAACUAGUGGACUUCGGCGGGUAUCUGACAGUCGACAAUGAUCAACUCAAGCAGAUUCGCUCAGAUUUUAUGACAUUACCUUUCCAGGCAACAGAAGCUGUUUUAGCUUUUGUAAAGCCCUCUAACAAUGAACCCGAGUGGAGCGGCGAAGCACUCCGCAUCAUGGCCGGUCUGACAGCUGGGCAACUGUUGCAUGCGCAAGUUGCCGGCUAUGAUGAAGCUGGCCUCCCACUUGUUCAUCUCUACCUCACUCUACAUCCACAGCAGGUAAUAUUCCUGAACAGAGAGUUGGUGGAUCGCGGAUUAGCGGAGUGGGACAUCCCGCCAGACUCGUGAGCUCGGCGCGUGUUGGCUGGUAGCGCUCGUGGCGCCGGCCAGCAUCACUUCUUACGUGUUAAAUACUGUAAUGACGCUGAUUAGUUUUAUGGUAUUGCAUUUUAUUUGACACAAUGUACAUAAUUUUUACAUUGGAGAAACCUUUGCUGGCUAUUGUAGUGCAAGAAGCUAGGUCUCUCAUCGUGAGUUACUUUUUACUUUUAUUCUCACAUUUUAUUUAUGACUUGUGACACGUAGCUUAUAAAUUAAUAAAUGUUUCCUUUCAAUUCUUAUUUCAGUUCUUAGUUAAAUAGUUUAAGUUAUUUUAAUAGUGAGAGACGGUAUUGAUUCGUUUAUAGUUUAGAAUUUGUGAUUAUCAACUCAAAAUUACAUUUAGAAGCAUAUGUAUACCUUCAAAUAGUACUUGGGUACUACAUUUGCCUGAAACUCCAACAACUGAAAUAUAUGAAUUACAAUACGCUUAAAAGAACUAUAUAAAUUGUAGAAUAAAAAUACUACAAAUGUUACGUAGUUAAUUGUAAGAACAUUAUUAAAUAAAUACCUUUGAAAGGGUUAAUAAUCCGGUGUUUUAAGAUUAAUAAUAGUGAGGUUGUCUAUGCAAAGUUCAGGAUGCUCAUUAUAAUCCAAGCCAAUUCUGUUGCUUUACAUUUAAUAACAGCUUUCAUACUAACAGCUUGAUAAAACUAUUUACGAAACUAAUUAGUAUUGGAUUACUGCCGCGUUCGAAAAAACAUACAGUUUAAAACACGGAAUUAAUAUUAAAACCUUAUCGCUAAAACGAUGAUCGAAUAUCUGUUGGUUCUACAGCUAAAUCACCUUAACUUGCAAAGCAUGUACUUACAUAAAUAUUUGUCACAAGUACAAUAUGGUUGGUUUUUAUUUAUUAAUUUAUAUACAAUAUUGGUUGUGACAAAGUAACCUACUUUACGAAUAUGUCAUAAAAUUGUAAAUCAUUAAACCGACUUAAAUUGUUUACUAUUUGUGGAAGACUGAAAAUGUAUAGUUAUGUACAGUUAAAUAUUUGUAAAAUAUAUGUGUAAAGAAAGUACAAUUGUGCCCGACUAAUGGUAUGAUGGAAUUUGAGUAUACAUGCUGUUUAUCGUUCCGAUUCUUUGAUAAGAUAUCUAGAAUCGUGCAGUGACCUGCUAAUGCCAAUAAUACUUUUGUUAACGUCAAAUGAAAACACUGCAUUUUCUAAAUAUCUUGUUAAUGAUACGCUUUCUGCGGUAAGUACGUCUAAAUAUUUUCUUUCAGAUGGCACUAACAAAUCGGCAAUGACAUUCAUGUUUACCCGAGGGAUAUAGCUGCUGAAGCUUAUUGGUAAAACUUAAUAAAUGUUGUCUUAUAAUGAGCACGUUGAUUAUCCUGACUCAUAAAUAGUUUUAUUAGUGUACAUAAUAGAUUUAGAAUAAUAAAGCAAUUUGAUAUUUCAUUGUUGUAGUGAAUACAGUAUUUUAAUACAAAUGUUGAAAAAUAGCGUUUGUUUUAGUAAUCGUCAUGUACGAGUAUGCGUAUUGUGUAGUACCUUCCUUAAAUUUGAAAAAAAGCUGGACUUAAUCAUCCUUACUUCACAAGUUCUUCCAGUUUCAUGACUGUCUUUCAUUUACUUGAUUAAAAACACAAAAAAAAACAGGUUCAAAAUAUUCAUUUACUGAAACAUGUAUUUCGUCUGGCUAUUUUUCAGCUUUUCUGGAAAACGUAGAAUUUUAAUGUUGUAUCGAUUUUACAGCUGCGAGUGCUACUGAUUUAAGAUUAAUUUAUCAAAUACCAAAACAAUGUGGUAACUUGGAAUAUUCACCAUCAACUUAGUUAUUUGAUGAUCGAUGAUAUUUUAAUCAGUUCGUGUACUUACUGAUUAUAUAAACAGAUGGUUUGCAUUUUGUUUCCGUCACUGUAUAUAAACUAAUAUAAUGCGGUUAAUUUAAUACAUUGUUUUAAAAAUAAA